UUCCAAGCGGCAGCUGAUCCGCAGCCGGCGGUUUUUUCGGAGUCGGCGGCGGUACUCUAGAAGUCCCGCCUUGUUUUUUCGUUGCGCUGCCCGAAGCGGCGCCCGGAUACAUUUUUUUCUUUAGUUCCUCGCUCAUCUCUUGAAGUGUUUCCUCUUCACCCGUGCUGUUGUGAGUUUCUUGAGUUCAUCUCGAAUUUGGUAGUCGACGCAACAGAUAUAGUGCGCGUGAAGACGACCUCAGGGGGUGCAACAUCCCGAGUUGACGGAGUGUGUGUUUGUUGUGCGCGUGGUGUCCUGUGUUGGUUGUUGUUGCAACUUCGGCGAGAAGGCCUGAACGACUGCCGUGUACGACUCGACGACCGAAGUGGAGAGAGUGAGUGAACUCCCAACUUCGCCGGACCCGAUGCUAGAAGACACGGUGUGACGACGCGACUUCGAAAACAGGCGAAGCCACCGAGUGUGUUUUGAAUCGGUGGCGGCAAAAAGAAGCUCGGACUUGCGUGUACAAAGGCGCCCGAACUCCCAGGAAUGAGGCCUCCUUCGACGCGGUCUCUGUGAAAUAUUUUGAAGUCGCACCUCCGCAGAGAGGUAGCGCGGUUUUGAAUCCACGGCCGCUACCAUGGCAUGCGAUACGAGGCACGACCGCUCGGCUCCCUAUGCUAGGUGGUCGUGCGUCGCAGGCUGACGCGUGUCUCUCGCCUUACAAGUUUCCACGAAGGAUAAACAAAAAAGUAAAAAAAAAGUGUACGUGUGACAGCCGCAAACGGAGUGUACUGCGUUUUCUUUUUUCUUAAACCCGGUCACUUUUUCUGUUAUUCUUGAAAAGUUUACUUCCCAGUGGGUCUGAAAGUGUGUUGUGCGCCAUUGCACCGUGCGAAGAAGAAAUCUGCGCGUCGCGACUUUGGCAAACUCCACACCGACAAAGUUUUAUUAUUAUCAAUUUUUUUUUUUUUCACGGGAUUUCGAGGCUUCUGUGAGAAACGACACCAGCGGAAGAGAUAGUCGGUUUUUUUCGGGCUUGGAGAACGACAAACCCGAAACCCGACGGAGUUCCCGUCUCGGACCGUGAUCACCAUGCCUUGGAUCCUGCUGUUUUUCGUGUUGGCGAUUAUUGAAGCACUACCGGUGGAUGUGUCCUGCGUACGGCUGGCGGAUAUUUACUGGAAUGCCACGAAUCCAAUCUUCCGCAUUGACAACACGGACCACAUCAUCGACGUGAACAAGGGCAACAUCCCGUUCGAGUACGACCAGGUGAACAUCAUCUGCCCCGUCUACCGCACGGGAACCCAGGAGGAGGACGUCGAGCGGUACAUCAUCUACAACGUGUCCAAGGAAGAGUACGAUUCGUGCCGCAUCACGAACCCGACGCCGCGCAUCAUCGCUGUUUGCGACAAACCCCACCAGUUAAUGUACUUCACGAUCACCUUCCGCUCCUUCACGCCCCAGCCCGGGGGGCUCGAGUUCAGACCGGGACAGGACUAUUAUUUCAUCUCCACCUCGACAGGAAGCGUAGAGGGACUGCACCAGCGCAUCGGCGGCCGAUGCGCCACCCACAACAUGAAGGUCAUCUUCAAGGUCUGCUGCGACCCCAGCAAAAGCGCGACGACUUCUCGGCCUCGCUCGACGACGACAAGCACGGCGCUGCCUCCGGCCGUGCCGUCCUCGGUUCCCCGCGACGAGCUGCCGUCGGACCGGCGGCGGCCGUGGGCGACCAACGCGACGCGCCCGGUGCUGCCGCCAUCCGGGCCCGCAGCGCGACCCCGGGCCCCGUGGCUGCCGCCCACGGCCGUGCCCGAGGAGUCCCCGCUGCCCCCUCCGAGGCGGUGGCCCGUGUUCCCGCCGAGACCGCCGCCGCACAGGCCCAUCAAGACGUACGACGUGCCCGUGGCGGACGGCAAGCAGUCUUCCAAGAAGACCGCCGAGAACCGAGACAAGCUGCCAAACGAAACGAGAGCCAAGAACGAGGAGCUGGUGAACAGUGCCUCAUCGCUGGUCUCAUUAUGGUGGGCUGUUCCACUGACCACAUUGCUGGCUGUGCACUUCAAUGUCAUUCUGACAAGAACAAGAUGAAACAGUCGCCACUUCGCAUCGUUGUCUGCACCACGUUGUGAAUGUUUAGAUCAACCAUCUGCUAAGCCGCUGCCACUAACGGACAAAACGAGUGAGCUGGCAGACUAGCAGACAGCAGCAGUCACCCGCUUACAUGCGCUGCUGAAUGUUGCAUCGUCCACAGUGUGUGCUGUGCACCGAGAAGACUAUUCUGUUCUGGACAUUCUUUAUUAUGUUAGGCUGAAAUGUCUGCACCUGAUUGCGCUUUCACGGCGCUGUGGGACUGCAGGCUAGGACUUUCAAGCACUGAAGUACCAUCUAUGGUCGUCGACAUCAUCUGGUCAGUCAAUGUGUUUUUUUUUUUGUGUUUAUGGGAACAAGAGUGGGUGACACGCCUGCGUGGAUGCCAGUGUUGUGCGCAGUGUGAUGCGCCGAACAUUUUCCAGCCAGUCUUUGGCAGCCUGACAGUGUUGUGUCCAGUGCUGGCAGAUGGCGACACCUGUGACCCAAGAACAGUGGUGUACUCCCUGCGGCGCCCUCUACUUAGUGGCCAUUUUACGUCUUGUCUAAAGAAAAAUUGACUUUUGAAUUUCUUUAAAUUGUUUUUCUUCUCCCUGUCGAGGCCUCUGUAUCUGGCAUUGUCUGUCAGCACUUUCUGUCCCUCCUCUGAUUCUGGGUUGUGACCCACGAUGCCUGAACUUGCUCUGCGGGCAAUUGCACUUCUGCAGUACUAGUUUUGCCUUGUUGACUUCGGGAGAAGCAAAGGAGGUCUUCAGUGCAUGCCCGUCCAAGCCAGCGGAUUGCGGCUUCAAAACUGAGAUGGCAUUUCAUUCCCGUGUGGAAAAGCAAAAGCAGAGUCGCUAGCAUGGAGCACCGUCUCACUAUUUCCAGUGGCAGUUAGCACUUGGUGUCAAUUUUUGGUAUACAUCUGCACAUAGUGAAACUCGUGUUAGUGAACUGAGUGAGUGAGAAAGAGGAUCACAUGCAUCAUUUGUUUUAUACUUUGAGGAGGGCGUGAAGGCUGAGUGGCAGGGCUAACAGAAUAAGUCCCAAAGCAGUUAUUGAAGAGGGCAGGAAGUUAGUGAGUUUUGGAAGAUGCCAUAUAUAAACUGCAUGAUGUUAAGUGACAAUGCAUUUAAGGUGCAAUGUUCCCAGGUUCAGAAAAAGGACAUAUUUAAUUCGUUUCUAUAAAAUGAAGCACCAAAGUUGUGGGGAGCAGAGUUUGCAGUUUCCAGUGUUUCUCGCCACAUGCAUCUGUGUGCUGACCUUCAUGCCCCAGCAAGCGCACAUUUUUGCUGGGCAGCAGUUGCGUAUGUGCAUCACAGCCUGAAAAAAUCAGGCACAUUGCCGAGGCCACUUCCACACACCUUGGAAUGAUUUGCAUAGCAUGCACUGUUUAAACUCUUAUUUGAUAGGUUGCCUGAAGACAGAGCUCUACUGAUGCGAUGCUGCGUGUGCUAUAACAUAGAAUCUCUAUGAAAGUGGACCAUUCUUCUGUUAAUCUUGAAGUGCAGUGCCAAAGGUAGUCGUAGUGGACUACUGGUAGCUAGCCAGUAAUCGCAUUUUAAAGAAAGUGCAUAUUUUUCAUGUUUGCAAAGUGCCUUACACGCAUUGAAAUGGCAGCACCAGUAGCAGCAGAGCUUUUUCACUUGGUCCUACUGGCUUCUGUAAGAAUUUUAGACUUUUCUUCUGGAGAGGUGGGGACUCUUGACAGCGCUACAACUCUGCAUUUAGAUUUCAUAACAGCCAAACAAUUUGUCUGUCUACAAAGAGUGCAAGGUUAUUUAUCUGUAAUGCACUCAUAUGUUGGAAGCUUUUCAAUAAGAUGCCCGCUUAGAAUUACACAUUUUAUUGUUUGGUCAAAAAUUCCUCAGAACUGAAUUUUCUAAAGCGGUGCAGCAGCUAUCAUCCCUGGCCCGCCCCUCCCCAUUAAAUAAUUCUUUCCUCAGCCUGGGUAAUAAUGCACUUUAGCCGAAGAGCCUCUCCAGAGGGUUAUGAAAAGGCUAGUGAUUAACUGCUUAUCCACUCCCCUCAUUUAUGUACUGCCACUAGAUACAGCAAAUAUAUGUUCACCACAUCGUAUUGCUAAAAUGUGGCGUAACUGUGCUUUGUGGACCACCAUUGAUUGCUUGGUGAAGUUGUGUAAAUGCACUCUGUAGGCUAGGUAGGCAACCCUCGGUGUUCUUUUACGAUGUGUCCCUGUCCACUGAUGCACUGGCUGAAAAACUCUGCUCCCUAAACUGUUGUGCUAUCGCUUAUAAGUCCACGGUGCACUAUUGAUAACGAACAGUGAUCAUUGAGAUGAAUAUAUAUAUUCAGCAACACUGUUGUUAUGAAGAUUGCGUUACUUCCAGCACAACAACAUUCACUACAGCCCUCAAUUUUAAGCAUAUCCAAUUUCGGUCGUAUCAAGCCUUAUUUGGUAACGAAAGGCUUAGAUGCUUAAGAUUAUUACGUUUUGAGCAUUUAUGUUCAGAGCAAGUGAGCUGCAGUCUUGCACCACAUAAAACUUGUGAGGCAGAAAUAGGCUUGCACCUAGUCAGUGGCUUUUCAGCAUUCAUGUGAUGACACAUCAUGUAAUGUGGCACAUGUCUAUUCCCAGGCAUCAGAUUUCAAUUAACAGGUCUCAAACGAGAGUUGUAUUCUUGCUCAUUAUCGAACUACUUACUUUAGGCAUUUCUGUUAGCGAUCAACAAAAAUGUGUUAGAGCUGCUGCCAUACGACUUUUCAUAUGUUUCACACCAGCCACCGAUUAGCGUCACUUACAACCUUUGAAAUAAUUUUUUAAGUAACCUACCCCAAUAUCUACAGUUUCAUUGACAUUGGCAAUUUACUUUAAAGAUCAUGCUACCUAACCAAACGCUAACACAAUGUUGGUUCAAAGAAGCUCUUCGAGCAUUGGUACUCGAGACAUUUGCUUUGCUCUAUUAGCAUUCAGUGCUACUAUGUGUACGACUGCCAUGCUAAUAUGGCACUGUGCAAGAUUGGUAUUGCAUAUGACAUUCUGCACCACUAGAAAAUUUUAUUUUAGAAGUGAAGAGCGGAACAUGCCAGCUCAACCUAAUUUAUUAGUAAUCAAGUUCUCAUGCAGUUCGUUGUCUUUAUGAUGCCAUUAAUGCGACAUUGUUUUCCUUGUCUAAAAGCCAAAUGAACUAGCAGCCAUGUUCUUCUGAAGUUUCGUUUCUUAGUAAAGUGGACUUGAGUGGUGAAAAGCGAGUGUGGCUGUUUUGCCCUGAGAUGUGUCCUUGUAUGAUGUUAAUAUAUUCAUUUUUGAAGCUGUCCCGUGUUCCUUGUGCCUUGGGAACACCUGUGCCGGCGUGCUUUUGAAUGUUCUGUGCGUUUAAGAGACGUGAAUGUGUAUGCAUGUAUGACUGAGUGGCAGCUUCCUUCAGAUCUCGAUGCGGCAUGCUUCACUGCGGCCACUUGCGUUGCUUAUUUCGCGAGAGUCUUUAGAGCUCCUGGUAUCUUCCUUUCUAGAAAGAAGUGUGAAUAAGGAAUGCUAGGAAACUCUUAAAAGGAUUCUGUCCCCAGAAUUUAGAUGUCAGCCUCCAGCAGAGACAAAGCGUGAAAAACUGAAAGCUGAAAUCAUUUAUGGUAGUUACUAAUAACUUAUCACACCUCUUACUUUUCACACAAUCGCUGUCGACGAUGAUGCGUGUUAGACUGUCAUCUCGAAACGGCGUUUAAAGGCAUUGCAGUUUCACUGUGCUAUUUAUACCAAGAUUAACCUAAUGGAGCUACUGCAUGGAUCUUCAGAAAGUCUAAGCAAACUCAGUCAACUGUGCUUGUUGCUGCUUUAGUAAAGCUGCUGUCAUAAGCUUUGUUACAGCUUCUGGGUGUUCAGUUUCUGCUGUUUAUACGUACAGGCAAUGCUGAGUUAAGCACAGCAAGUCUAGUACCCAGCAGUGAAGCAUGCCGUACUCGUCCUUUCACCGUCAGCAAAUGAGGGGUGAGAAAGUUGAGCUUUGUUGAUGGUGCAUUUUUGUCAGCACGAGUGUUGGUUAUAUAAUUGUAUAAAAAAACGUGAACAGAGUAUGACACUAGCAUAUGACAUUGUCAACGACACACUCCGAUUGAAAGUGCAUCUAGGAAUACGUUUUUAAUUUAAUAUAUCUUCUUUAGCCCUUUCCCUUGCGCAUGUUCUCUUUCAGAAGUUAUAGUUUGUGUCGAAGUUUCUUUCAUGUCCCGCCAGCCUUUUUGUUUCCCCUGCAAGUAGUCAAGAUUGUUAUUUUUGCAUUUAAGGCCGAUGUGUCUGAGCCAAGUGAAUUGAUGAAGCAGUCAUGUGUUUAAGUACUGUUCAAAUCAUUCGUGGCAGUUUAGACAAGACAGCGCUGUGUGAACUGUAGCUUCUGGGACCAGAUUCGUUAACGUUACAUGCACCGCCUGUGUUCUGCCACUGUGUAAGGCAGAAGUAUCCAAGUAUGUGGGUCAGCCUGUAAUUGAGAAAUGCAUUGACACAUACUAUCACGAGUACACUGACGUUACAGUAUUUGUUUCUUUCUGAGUACCGAUGGACAACGGUUUUUUGUGUUGGUGAAAUUUCCAGCUGUGUGCAAAAUUUAGAGGAGUGGAUAUAUUGUUCUCUUGAAAGAUUGGGCUCUUCUCCCAUCAAUCAAUCAACGGUUUGCAUACUUAUCUUUAUUCGCCUGGGUUUUGUGUAUGUCGGAAUUAGCUAGCUCAUUGUGGCUAUCCUAUGGUUAGUGAGGGAGUCAUUUGACAUAACUACGAUGAAAACUGCUUUUAAAUCCCGACGCCUGUCAUUGCGUAUACCGAAGCACACAGCUAGAGCGGAUCUUUUAAUCUAAAAUAUGUUGGUUCUGUUUCAUCUAAAAGCUUACGGCCAUGGUUCUCAGUAUGUCUUAAGAGUCCUGUUUCUUCAGUAAUAUUGUUGCGAUUUACUGAGCCGGUACAAUUGUAGCAUCAUCGUACAACUUUGAAGAGCAUUCUAUCAACAUUUCUACAUUCUAGUGGCUCGGAUAUCUCGGCCCAAUUUAUUUCUCUUGGCUGUUACCUGCGGUGAAUUCUUAUUUAUACAGUUUGAAAGAAGUGCUUCAAGUACAGCAGCUACUCUCAUACGCACAUUUGAGAGCUUCAAUUCCUUUGUUAGCACUGGAUGGAUUCUAGACAGUUUCUGUACACUUUUUCUGUCAUCACUUUAUGUUGUGGCGAAGUCAAAUAACGAAAGAAAGAUCUGUUAAAAUCUCAAAGUUAGUGAAUAGGAACAGCCGACCGCACCCUAAACUUUUCAUCUCGACGCCAGACCACCUACAGCAUCGCAAUCUCUAUCGUUCCAAACAGAAAGUCACUUACUAAGUGAACGGUAUUGUCAGCAGUGGGUAGCAUUACUGGCUCGUCAGUGAGCCACGAUACUCACCGUGCUCCUGCGAACACCGUGAUGCUGCCGUAGCCGCCAUAUUGGUGCACCACGGUCAAAGCUGCGAGCUGACGAAGUCGAAGACCGCGACGAAACCGUUUGACGAAAGGUCACGCGGUUUUGCAACGACACGUCCGUCACCUACGUUCGUGUUUGUGCGAUGCGCCGAUUGGCUGAGCACCGUACCGUUGAGCCUUAAACGCCACGGCAGACGGAUCGAAAGAGCGGGAGGCGGUCGGUCCACUGCACAUUCUUUUUGAGUACUCGAUUGCUAUCACUUUCCCGACCGACAACUGUACAGAAAUGGCAAAAUAGUGUGUACAGUAAGAACGCUGAACAUGUGAGCUUUAAAGCCCGCCGAACGCACGGAGGCGGGCGAUAUGAAAGGGUUUCCUUUUCUUGUUCCGUGCACCGAGAGAUUGUGACACGGCGAACAAGAUGGCACUGCACGUAUAAUACGUUGCUUUGGUUUUCACGUGUUUUCAUGAAAUGGCUGCGCGCCAGUCUGCGUGGUCCCUUGUUCAUUUUUUUUUUUUGCGAAUUCCUCGUGUGAUACCGUUUUUUUCUUUUGUUUGUUUGUAUAAGCACAAACUAAUAAGGAAGAUGUUAAUAAAGAAUUUUUUU